AACUUUAUUCUUUUUCUGUUACUAGCUUUUGGUCCGGAAGACUGGAAUAAGGUCUCUCAAGUUUGCUCUAAGAAGGCCCAGUCUCCCAUAAAUAUUGCGACAAGCACAGUUGUGAAGAAUCCAUUUCUCAAUGAGCUCAGCUUUACUUGCGACAACAAGAAUGGAAAAGUAAGCGGAUUACUGACCAAUAAUGGUCACGCCCCUACGUUUGCUAUCGACAAGGACAACGGCACGGCAUCACUGACAGGGGGUCCCCUGGGCGAUAGUGUGUUUAAGCUUGAGCAACUUCACUUUCACUUUGGCUGUGAAAACGACCAAGGAUCUGAGCACACUGUGGAUGGUCGGGCGUAUUCAGGAGAGGUGAGGAUACUAACGACUGGAAUUGAGAAGUCGCUUGUAAGAUUGUAAGAAACACCAAGCUUUAAUUAUCGGUCAAACUGACCACAAAAUCUUUUUUCCAGUGAAAUGCGAGUUAAAUAUUUUCUGAAUGACUAUAGAUAAUAGACUUAAUUUUGACAACCACAUAUCUACUGUUUGUAAUAAUCAAUUUAAUGUAAUGUUACGGUUCCGCAAUAUCAUCUUUAAGGACACGAUGCUCAAGUUGUACAAAGCAUUCAUUCUGCCACACUUUUAUUAUUGUUCUUCAGUGUUGCAUUUUUGUGGAACACGCAACAGUGAAAAGCUGGAGGCAGUUCAGUACACCACUUUGCUUAACAAUGUUGAGAUGACUUUGUAUAACAAGCGCAUUGAGGAUUUCUAAAUAUUGAUAUGUUUACUGUUCGCCAUACAACCUAUAAUUUGUGCGGUACCCAUAUGUUGACUAUAAGCAAGCCUAAAACAACAACCUAUGGACUACACUCUUUUUCUUAUUUUUCCGUCCAGCGAUGGAACGAUCUUCCCUACGAAUUAACAAACAGUACUUUUAAUGAUUUUAAGCGACGUGUGCUCAAUACGUCUCAAUACGUUUGAUUAGUUUUCACUAAUUUUUGUCUUAUUUCGUGUGAGUAUUUUUUGUUUUAGAUAUCAUAAUUUGUUUCUCGAAGAUGUUAGCUAUACAGUGUAGCUAUACUCUAAAAUUCGAGUUAAAAUAAAGGCUAUGUAUGUAUGUAUGUAUGUAUUGUAAGCUUGCUGGAUAUCACAGAUCUAGACUACCUGGUCAUAAAAACAGUUUUUUUAAAUUAGUUGUCGUUUCCUUGUAUAUUCUAGUGCUCUCAACUAAAAUAUUAAAACAGUAUUGAUAGUCAAACCCUUACUCAAGGUUCGUGCUCGUUCACAGGGUUCUACGCGUCUUGAAAACCGUUGAAUUUUUAGAGUCCUUUUUCAAGGGCUUGGAAGUCCUUGAAUUCUCUUGCAUUCAUUUUGGUCCUUAUAAGCCAAAUACCAGUUUGAAGCCAACAGAAUUAAAACCGGCGUUGAGGAAAUGAAGGUCAGUAUGCAUGGACGGCCUGUGCCGUGCCUGCUACCAGGCCCUUUGCAUCAUUUUUCACGUAUGCACAUAGUAGACGACACUAAUGGCUCAUGUGAGUUUAAUGAACUUCGGCUUAGGCCUAGGGAAAACCGUCGAGAUUUUCCCCAUGAGACGAACCAAACUUAGUAACUAAAAGUUAAUUAUGUAUACGAUCGGGAAAAGUUCGACGUCUGGCUCAGUUAAUUUCGUCUGAAUGAGUUUGGAUCGUUUAACAUGUUUUAUCCGUCUGAAGAUCGUUUCCGGGACAAACGUCGAUCUUCACAUGCAACGAACGAAACUAAUAAAUUUGAAAUUUGCUUCAUAAUGUAUGAUUUAGCCUCGUUCGGGAGAAAAUUUAUUACUGAUCUGAUUCACUGGCAGUUGAUUGGUUCGACGAUUCCUCAGGAUAUUUUUGCGAAGUUUUCGGCUCUUCCUCGUCGAGUUUCGCAUCAGCUGAUCACUUAAAAUGAUGAAAUGCCAGAACUUACCCUCGUAGUUUUGUGACAUUAAUUAGAUGUAUGAAAUUUGAAAAUGUUGUCCUUGAGAGUCCUUGAGAGUCCUUGAAAAGUCCUUGAAUUCUACGUUAAAAGAAGUGUACGAAGCUUGAAUUAAGCGGUCGCAUCCCAAAACGCGACCCGCCUUUCAAAUUUCAAGUCUAUGUGACCUAUAUUAACCGAUCGCAUUAGGCUAUUCGGGAUGAUCGUUUAAUAAAGGGGUGACUAUACGGUUGUUUUACCUAAUUUUAAGCCACCAGAAAAUUGCAUGAACACUGCGGUCAAAGUGUCUUUGACCAAUGGUGGGAAGGAAAGAAGUUUGACAGGGUUUUUCAGAAUGUUCAAGAGAAUUCAAUGCUUACAGAUUGCUGACACUCUAAGAGAGAAUGAGUGAACAUCAUUCUCCUAUCAGUUCGAGGCGGGCUAUUUUGUUCAUCAGCAAGUGUAACUUUUUAAAGUAAAUUAUUAUUCAUUCAAAAUGCUUCCCAAAUUCUGAUUGGCUAAAAGCACACGCAUAAUUUACCAUAACCAGUUACUGAUGACCAAAUUUGGAGGAAUUUUGUGUUUAACGAGGAAAUGACGUCAAAAAUGCAGCCUUCCACAGGUUAAUGCACCGUUAACCGAGAAGACCGGGGGUCGAGGUUGAGUUGUUUUCGUUGGAAAAACUAAAAUGGCGGACACUUCGCUCGUUUAAAAGAGUAAGAACUACAGCUGGAACUAGGCGAAAUAAUGGCUAAAAACAUAGCAAAAACAUCGAGAAGACAACUUGGGAGGCGACAUCUGCUAUUUGGAGAAUAUUUGCGAAGCUGGACAAACCUAAACGUAAACUAUCAAGAAAAACUUAACAUCGAUGCAGGUAAGCGUGUUUUAGCUAUGUUUUUAAACUAGGAAAUAUUUUGAAUGAAUAAUAAAACAAUUAUUGAAUUCGGCUUUCGUAUCAUAUGAAGAAUUAUUGAGAUCUCGGAGGGUGUUAUCCGCCUCGGCUUGCGGCCUCGACGAAUAACACCCUCCUCGAUCUCCAUAAUUCUCCAUAAGAUCCUCAGCCUCAUUCAUUAAUUGUUAAUUAAAGAACGACAACUUUAUCAGAAGAGAAGGAAGGAAAGCAUACGAAAAAGUGUAAGGAGCAACGUAUUUUAGAAUAAGCAGCUUUGCAAAUGACCUGUCCCUUAACUUGAAACAGCUGAUCUGCAUUUUUGUCCUUUACAGCUCCACUUGGUGACAUAUAACACAAAAUAUACGGAUUUUCAAACUGCCGUUGACAAGAAAGAUGGAUUAUCUGUUAUUGGUGUAUUCCUGGAGGUAGCGAUAACUGAAACGAUUGUUUACUUACUAAUUAAAUGGAAAAAGGAUUGAUUGUACCAUCUUUUGCAGAAUUCAGUAUGAAUCGGAGUGCGCAAUAAGAACAAACUAACGCCCAAGUGAAGCGUCUAACUCCACAUUUGGCCUACAGCAAAUUUUAAUGUUCUUGCUUAUUAGCAUUAGGUUCGGUGCAUGUGAAGAACAGCGUUUGAUCUGGGCCAUAGUAACCUAAUGAGCUUCUGAAUAUUCACUCUUGUUCUAUUCAUUUACUUUCAGUUAGUGAAGCAAUAAAAUUUCUAUAGAGUUUUACAAACUUUUGCUUUGUUUUUUUUUCUCUGUUGUCUUUUGAUGCAGGUUAAUCGAUCGGGUAGGCAUAAGGAGUUGAAAAAGCUAUCCAGAAAAAUGCACCAGAUACGAAAAGCUGGUAAGACUAAUCACAAAAUAAGAAUAUAACGAUAAAAAUAACGGCGGUAUUCAGAACUUGCCUUGAAUGUAGGUGGAAAAUAGAACAGGCCUUUAUCUUAAUCUUGCCAAAGUGAAUUCUGGGUAUUACUGCAAUAAUUUUAUGUGGUAAGAUUCUGAAAGUUUACCACCAACCACGCCUUUCUUUCAAAUCCCUGACCGGAGACCGGAGACCGGAGACCCACCAAAGCUAAGAUGAAACCGGGCUUAUCGAUGCAUCGAAGGUAGCAGGCUAAAAGAACUACGCAAGUUAUUAUACAGGGUUUUCUCUCAUCUUUUCCAAAAAAAUAUUCUUCUGACGACUUGAAGUUUUAGUAAUUUUAGCUUAAUUAGCUGCCUCAUAAAUACCGUCAAACCUCUUUUCAGGGGACACCCUCGGAACCAAGGCCAGUGUCCCCUCGCUAGUACCGGUCAGCGGUACUUCUGUAAAAGGCAUGACUCUCAUGCUCGCGGGGCUUUUUUCGGUUUUCUCUCUCGUGUUAAAACUCGUGUGUUACCUGGUUAUUAAAGCUUUGGUUGUGUUACGUAUCGUGUCAUCGAUCUACCGAUCCUUUCCCCUCUGGGGUGGUGGCAGCGCUCUCCAGUCUACGUCCAGAAAACCUAAAGGUCGAACACAAGGCACAGCCGCCGUUCCAAACGUUGGUAAGUCGAUUCUUCGAGCAUCUUGGUUGCCCAAGCACAAUCCACCCUUAAAAUAGAAACAAAGCAAGAGUUACCGAACCAGUGGAGCCUUUCAAAGUCUGAGACUGUCAACACCUUGGAAAAUUGAAGCCAAACUUGAUGUAUGCGCUGUCGCUUGACAGCAACUUUGCACCAUUUCUCGCGGACGGCGUUACUUGGGGCAAGAAAACUAAGGCCCAGCCCCUACGUGGCUUUGUAUGUACCGGAAGCCCAACGUCUAACGCCUAGCAAAGGGUUAAUUUCUUGGAGCUCAUGCUCGGACAUGUAGCGAAUUAUUGUCCCUUCAGAUCUAGGAGUACUCUGGCGAAGAAUUCAAAUUCUAUUCUGUCAGUUUGGAACACGAUACGUGAACAUUUUGACUUUCAAGUCACAGGUGCUCAUUUUUCGGAUUUUGCGAACUUACAGCUUCAGGCCGAGGAGCGCCUUGAGGAUCUCUUUAAGGGAUUGAUGGCCUUUGUUGAAGACACAUUACUCCGCGCUAAUAGACUGUCCCACCGUGGUGAAGUCGCUACUGAAGACGAGAAUUUCAUAGUCCUCACUUGGCUCAGGCGGAUCUACCCUGAUUUGCCCAGACAAAAACAAAACAAAAAAACAAAGAUAUGGAACUGAGCUACGAUCACGAACUCUGGCUUCAAUAAAAGCAGAAAUAUCUCAGGCUCUCACUUCUGUACUCGAGGAAAUUCGCGCCAUUCGGAUGAAUGCACCUAGCGUCAAAACCUCAACAGCCUCACAACUAUGCCCCAACCCAGACAUAAAAGACUCGUAUCCCUAACCUCCCAUCCGAACCACAAUUCCUUAAACGGAAUGAACACUUUUGCAAGGUGCACCCUGUUUUCACACCUGAAGCGAACAGCGACAACGCAGCUUUAGCCAAGCCCCCAACCAGGUCUUCCACCCCACAGGUUGCGGUAAAGCACUCCUCCACUGUACGUCUCGACCCCACCAAUCUACUUCCCGCGACAUCAAAACCAAGUUCUCUUCCCUCCUUGACGAGUACGACCCAAAUAACAGUGGUUACAACGGUGCAGCUGGUCCGUUCGAGGCUAAAGUGGACAUGGGGCCGGUGGAACCCCACAGCGCAAGGGUCUUCUCCCACAGUACGCCCGCAACCAGCUGCUGGAACUCCAGCACAAAUUUGAUGACCUCGAAGCCGUUGGUGUCUUUAGGCGCCGGGAAGACGUUAAUAUCAUAGUAGAGUACCUCAACCCGUCAUUCCUAGUUAAAUAGCCCAGUGGUGGUCAGUGCCCCGUUAAUGCCUUUGCUGAUGUUGGCCGCUAUAGCAAACCACAACCAUCUCUCAUGCCGGAAUUGGACUCCACCUUACGCCGCAUUUCCCAGUGGAAAACAUCAUUGCGACAGAUCUGACCAGCGCCCUCUACAAGAUCGCGUGAUUCAAUUAAAUAUUGCGAAGUGGUUAUACCCUUCCGAGCGCGGUCUGCCGUGGACAUGCCAGGUUCUGAAACGGCACUGGAAAGAACUUCCGUGCCGCGUUCUCGGUCACUUGCUGGAACAGGGCGUCAUUGCUAAGAUCGCUGAUGAACUUUAUUGCGAUGGACCGAUGGAGCCGUCCGUACGCCCGGCAUAGUUGCAACCCUGUACCUCUCCUGUGCUGGCAAGUUGCAUCUGGCAGGAUUCUCAAGUGCCAAAAACUGCAAGGUUCUCAGGCGAGGUAGCUACCGUGCGACAUAGAGACAUUAGCUAUCGCCGUCUCCACCAAACACUUCAGCCCGUACCUGAUUCAGUCACAUCACAGAGCUUGUGUCCUAACGGACAGUAAGCCCUGUUUGCGGUGUUACGAAAAACUGUGCCGCGGAGAGUUCUCAACCAGUCCCCGUGUCUCAACCUUCCUCUCAACAGUGAGCCGGUAUCAAGACUUUGUGCGACACAUUUCGGGGUCCGCUAUUCUCCCUGCUGACUUUGCCAGUCGAAAUGCCCCUCCCUGUGACGACGAUGCCUGGAGGUUUGCGCCUUCACGAAACUAACCCAGGACUCUGAUGUUGGAGCUCGUCCCUGCGGAACAUACUAACAUACAACAUACUAACAGAACGAGUGCGUUGUUUUACACCGUACUCGUGCACAUCUUCAACAAGGUUCAUGUCUAUCCAAAAAGCUCAACAAUUUAAAGGAUGUCAAGAGGUAUCUUAACGCUGCUACUAUCGCAAGAGACGGCCUACUUGUAGUCAAACGCGACGAGCCCCUCGUCCCCAGCCGUAAAUGCAUUAUUGUACCCCGACAGGUACUAGAUGGGUCGCUAACAGCUCUCGACAUCCAGCUAAACCAUCCAUACAGUAACCAACUCGAGGCAGUCUGUAUACGGUUACCUAUACGCCUUAUAUUUGGACAAAGCCAUCAACCGUGUAACUCAGGCUUGUUUCGACUGCGCCGCCUUACUUCAAACUCCAAAAGUCCGUGUAGAGUAGUCAUUCAGCCCCAACCUGCUGCCAUAGGCGUAUCUUUUUCCGCUGAUGUCUUCAUAUUAAGGCAGCUUGUGCUCGUACUCCAGGGAAAUGUGACGUCUUUCACCUCCACGAUCUUACUAGAAGACGAACGCCAGCAUACGUUAAGGGAUGCCCUUAUCCGCCUCUACCUCCAGCUACGCCUAUUGGACGGUUCACACGCAAUUAUACGCACUGAUCCCGCCCCAAGAUUCGAGGCCUUAGUUAACUAUGAACGUCUCCACCAUCCAAGAAUUUCUAUAGAGAUCGGUGAUGCCAAAAGCCUGAACAAGAACCCAGUCGCAGAGAGGGAAAAACGCGAACUUGAACAUGAACUGCUCCUGCAAGAGCCUCAAGGCGGUCCCGUGUCACUAGUCGUAACCACAUCUAACCUAAGUGCAUCCACACACGCGGUCUGUCUGCAAGAGAGAUGUAGACCCAACGAGACCAGUUCUCGAAUGAACAGCUCCCUCUUGACCGUGUGAACUUACAAACCUCAAACCAUCUGCCUUGACGAUGCAGACUCUUCCACUGACAAAACCCUGCCAAUACGUCCAGCGCCUCCAGUCCCACCAGUGAUACCGAGUGCGAUCUCGACUCCACGAACCCAGGAUUUACCCGGACUAGACAGCCCUCCUACCUGCCCGGAAGUGUAUUUCAAGUUGCAGCCACGCCCUGAUUCAAACGGAGCCCACCUCGAUAGUGAUAGCGACUCUGAUGCUGUUCCCCCACCCAGAAGGCCCACCCGUGAGCGCCGUCGCCCGGCACGUUACAAUGACUUUGUUACAAAUUUUAGGUAACCGGACAGUGGACCAUGUGUCUCAGCCUAUUAUUUCUUUUCACUUUGCUUUCCGUUAAGUUUGCUGUUUACAAAUUUUGUCAUUCCAAAGAAGAGACUAAACAAAAGUGGUCAAACCAGAACCGGUCAGCGGUACUUCUGUAAAAGGCAUGACUCUCACGCUUGCUGGGCUUUAGUUUUCCACAACCCACUUUAUCGACAGUCGAGUGGUAUCUACCAAUUUACUUUUCCUUUGGAAGUGUAAUUCUGAAUCGAUUGGCUGCGAUCAAAAUGUUCUGGAUUCGAGGGCCAUGAAAUCGAGGCAAAUUCAGUGAUAUACAUAUAUAUUUACAAUGAGGCUAGCUUCGGGCACAGACAACUCAGGCUGGUCACGCACGCUGCCUGAAUAGACUAUUUCCUAGUUACCCCGGGCCUCUCUAUCAAAACGAGGUUAAGAGCUCAACCUUUGAUAUGGAAAUGAUUUUUCAAUUAUGCAAAUAAAACUCAUUUACACAAGAAAGGUUGUGCACUUCACCUCAUUUUGAAAGUGAGAGUUUUUGGGACUCGGAAGUGGUCUAUUAGUCUGCUGGGAAGCCUGGUGGCUUCACAGCAAUUAUAUGGCCUUUUCAUUAUGGACCUGACCCUGCGAUCAAUUCAAACCUGGUCAGCAGAUAACUUUAAAAAACACGUCACCUCAAUGAGUUGUACAGUCAAAUGACACUGGUCAGCGGAUACCUUCUUUGACAGGUGUCAGUUGACCAUAACAUGGCUGUCCAUAAGGACGUCCACUAGCGAGUUAACACCGAUUGUGUAUGCCUUGGACACCUAGCUAAUAAUGCCCGGUUAUUGCAAGAGAACAGCCAGUCAGAGCGCACGUACUGUUGUGGUCAUAUAUUGUGUGUUAAAUUCCCAUAAGUGCAGUGCAUCAAUUUAAAUGAGGUAGUUCAUGUUGUGAAAGCGGUCGUCAUUGUCAUUAAUGUUCACUCAAACUCUCCCAAAGGAGAGGUUCCAUUGUACUUAUGCCGUACAUUUCUCAAUCUUUCUCACACAGAUGGGACGAAAAAGGUGAAACGACUAUUUCUUUACGAACUGAUUCCCGAGUUGUCAGAUUUAUCGAAGGCAUCUUUCUACUCCUACAAGGGAUCUCUGACCACACCUCCCUGCUACCAGUCUGUGAGGUGGAUCGUAUUGAAAACCCCUAUUGCCGCUACAAAAAGAGACGUAAGAAGCUUGUUUAGUUGUAAUAAAAUCCAUUUAUAUUACAACCAAUGGCUAUAGGCAAAAAUUUUACUUCGUAAAGGCGUAAUAUUAGUCAGCUGACUGCAUGAAACGGUUAUGAACUUAGUUCACCUAGAUCAGUUGGCACUUCCAAUUUCCCUGAUUCUAGAAUUACUAAAUACAAAUAAAAUUGAGCUGCGACUAAAAUACUCCAGAUACAAUCGUCUUUCUUUAUAUUCCACUUUUGUUUAAUACCUAACACACGUUACAUUACUUUCGUAGCAUCUCGUUACCGAAAUGAUUCGAUUUAGCGCCCCCCUUCCAAUAAGCGUCUCCUUUCGAAUAAGCGCCUCCCUUCGAAAGUGUUUUUGCAGAAACUCAUAAGGGGUUGAAACGUGUAACUCUCAUAUGUUUGCUUUGUCCGAUGCUCGUGAUUAUUCAUUUUCGAAAGUACCAUAUUUGGAAAGAGAAGAAAAGAUAACUGACCAAUCAAACUUCGUAAACAAUGUGACAUUAUUUUACUUUACGUUCCCGCGCCAGCUUACAAAAAAUGGCCAACAAACGGGGGAAAAACUCCCGAAAGCCGAGAAAGCUUUCAAAGGUUGAAACUUGGAAUCUUACCGAAAUACUGAGCAGGAUCCCUUGGCUUACAACCCGGGCCAAACGUAACAUUAUGAAACCCAAUGACGUCCUCGCGACUUUUUGAAAUUGUCACUUUCAAAAAACGAUGCCUCGUUGACCCUCUGUACAGUAAACUUAUACCGUUAAUGGGAAAAGUCCAGAAUAAACAGUAAAAAUAUUUUCGAAUGAAAUUCAUUAGCUGCGUAUCGAAAAGUGUCCAAAACCUGAACCUGACAUCUUCGCAAAACGUGAUGCGCGUAAUGAAUGUGAGAAGCAUCAAGCUUAAAUUCACCUUGGAUGCUGUAGUCACAAUCGUGUUUUCAACUAAUUUUAUGAAUGAACAAACUCAAAACAAUAGGCAGAGAAGCCGUUUCUUUUUUAUGAAAAGCUUCCUAUACUCCACAAAAAGAAAGCUGAGCAUUCUUUUGAACUCUCUCUUUCCAUUUUUUGUCUUUAACGGUGUAUUUUUAACCUUGAAAUACAGAACUCUUGUCUUAAAAACAUCUGCAUAGUGAUCGCGCUGCAGCCAUUUUGUUGAAAAUGGAUAUCCAUCACUAAGGUUUCCAAAUAUGGUAAAAGUGAAAGUGAAUAUUCCGAUCAUUGAACGCGAGUUACACGUUUCAACCCCUUAUGAGUUUCUGGUUUUUGUUAAUAAGCGCCCCUAUUCCAUUAAGUGUCCCAUGCUAGUAAGUGCCAUUCUAGAAAUUUAUUGGAACAAGCAGCCGAUUUUGGCACGAGGUAAAAGUCGUGUGUUGCCUACCGACCUCCUUUUUACACUAUCAACGAACUGAACGUGGAACCAGAAAUGGUAUUGACGUAAGUAACACUGUCAAAGCUAUCGGCGUAGAAAUAGAUUAAAAUUCUCCCACGUUAACUGAACAUUCAUCGUAUAUUUGUUACUGUUACAGUUUCUGUCAUUGUUUUUUUAAAAAUAAAUGUUAAUAUUUUGUUUUGAACAUUCGCUUUUUUCUCAAAAAAGAAAUAAGCGCCUUCCCUUGAGGUACCAAAAGUAAAUAAGCGCCCCGGGUGCUAAAUCGAAUCAUUACGUUACCUUACAUUACAAUUGCAACUUUUAAAACUAAUAUUUCCUUGAAUGUGUUAUAUGCAUGAAGAAAUACAUUUAAAGGAAAAAUUAAAAGAAAAACAAUUCGAAGAAAAAUUAUGUUCAGAUUACACACAUUGCUGCUGUAUAACGAUAUCAAAAUACAUUUAUGGUAAUAAAACUGAUACAGGAAGCGAGGGCCUGCUUUACACGGAGGUAGGGGACCCCAGAUGUGGUGGGUCACGCCACCUAUCACGUAAACGUGACAAAAGUAAAAUGAGAGAUUCAAUGGACAGGCGGGUUACCCCACCUAGCUGGGGUCUUCCACCUCCUUGUAAACAGGCCCUAAGUCUUUACUGAUAAAUUUAUACGUUUUCUUCUAGUUGAAAUUAAUGAGGCGUCUCCUUGAUCACGAAGAACACUCAUUUUGCAACAACUUUCGUCCCACCCAACCACUAAACGGUCGUGCUGUAUCUGAAACCUGA